AUGUCUCGGCAGUGUGCUGUUAAGAACCAAAGCAAAAUUGGCUUCAGCGCUGCUUCUGCCUUCAUCCCAAAUACCUGCAGCAGCACCAGCUUCAGCUCACAUUCUGUAUCCCAAGGUGGAAGCUGUGGUACAGCUGCUGGGUUUGGAAGAUUUGGCAGAGGUUUUGGAAGCAGGAGCCUCUACAGCCUUGGUGGAUGCAAGAGAAUCUCCACGGCUGGAAGGACUGGUAGCUUCUACGGACCUGCAGGUUUUGCUGCUGGCUCUGGAAUUGCCUAUGGUUUUGGUGGUACAGCUGGUGGUGCCUUUGGGUUUGGUGGUGGCAUGGGUGGCCCUGGAUUCCCAGCUGGGGGCAUCCAUGAAGUCUCAGUCAACCAGAGCCUUCUGAAACCUCUCAACCUGGAGAUUGACCCCAACAUCCAGAGUAUUCGUAAGGAUGAGAAGGAACAGAUCCAAACUCUCAACAACAAAUUUGCCUCCUUCAUUGACAAGGUCCGAUUCCUUGAGCAAGAAAAUAAGGUUUUGGAGACCAAGUGGGCCCUUCUGCAAGAACAAGGAAACAAAACUGUCAAAAACAACAUUGAGCCUCUUUUCGAGACCUAUAUCAACAACCUCAGGAGACAGCUGAACAGCUUGCUGGCAGACAAGGAGAACUUGGCAGGGGAGCUAAACAAAGUGCAAAGCCUUGCUGAAGAUUUCAAGAACAAAUAUGAAGAUGAGAUCAACAAGCGUGCAGUUGUGGAGAAUGAAUUUGUGAUCCUGAAGAAGGAGGUGGAUGCUGCCUACAUGAACAAGACGGAGCUGCAAGCCAGGCUGGACUCCCUCAUGGAGGAGAUAGAUUUCCUCAGGACCCUCUAUGAGACAGAACUGUCUCAGAUGCAGAGCCAGAUCUCAGACACCUCUGUCAUCCUGACCAUGGACAACAACCGCAGCCUGGACAUGGACAGCAUCAUCGCAGAGGUCAAAGCGCAGUAUGAGGACAUCGCCAACCGGAGCCGGGCAGAGGCUGAGUCCUGGUACCAGUCCAGGUACGAAGAGCUGCAGGCUACGGCGGGCAGGCAUGGGGACGACCUCCGCAACACCAAGCAGGAGAUCUCCGAGCUCAACCGUCAUGUCCAGCGCCUGCGGGCCGAAAUCAACAGUGUGAAGAAACAGUGUGCCAGUUUGCAGACAGCCAUUGCAGAUGCCGAGCAACGUGGCGAGAUGGCCCUCAAGGAUGCCAGAGCAAAACUGGCUGAGCUGGAGGCUGCCCUGCAGCAGGCCAAGGCAGACCUGGCCCGGCAGCUCCGCGAGUACCAGGAGCUCAUGAACAUCAAGCUGGCCCUGGACAUCGAGAUCGCGACCUACAGGAAGCUGCUGGAGGGAGAAGAGUGCAGGCUGUCUGGAGAAGGUGCCAGUGCAGUGAAUAUCUCUGUGACCAGAACGGGAUACGGAAGUGGAAACUGUCUCACUCUCGGAGGCAGCAGCGGACUCAAUGUUGGCAGCGGGGUCUGCGCUGGAGGAAUCAGCUUCAGCUCCGGAAGUGGACAAGGCAUGGCUGGGUCAUGUGUGGGAGGGGGAAGCAGCUCCAGUGUGAAAUAUGUCUCUACCACCUCUUCAACCAAAAGAUGCUAUUGA